AUGUUCUUCUUCCACGCUCUUCCGCCUCAACGCUUCUUCCAGACCCUCUUCGAAGACCCGCCCGCGCCACAACCUCAUCCACUUCCAUGCGCGACCCGCCGCACCACGACAAUCACCACGACAACCACGACCACCAUGCCGCCGCGUAGAGCCAUCGGUACUUCCGGCUUCGACAUAGUCGCGCAGGGCCAAGAGGGCGCCAUGCAGCUCUGGCAGAUGGUCCAUCAGGAACCCGCGAAAUUCCAAGCCGCUCGGUCACUUUACAUGCAGAUCUCCACGAACAACUUCGACGACGCAGACGACGACAUGUGGGCGGUGGCUCUCGAGGCCUUCCGUCCCGGAAAUGUGAAGCACAACCUCCAGGUCAUCAAGAUUGUGGUCGUAAGUGACAGGCUGCUCGAACCGUACUCGAAGACGAUACUCUCGUCGGCCAAGGUGCAGAAUUCAUUUGUUCAGCAGCAGAAUGGCCUCAACAAUGGCAGAGGCUCGGCGUCGCGCAUCCCUCUGGUUAGCAGGUGCUUCUUUGCGGAAAGGGCGUUUUUCAAGGCGCUUUCGAACAUCCGAGGGGUCGAGAGGGUCGAGAUCGCCGGGCCGAUGGAAGCAUCGCUCAAGAAGAUGCUCGCCGUGGCCAUGACGACGCGUCCCGGACACAAGGUGCGCGACUGGCGCUACGGCGGAGGCCUCAGGUCGGCGGAGGACAUAAGCUGGGGCUCGUGGUCAGCGACGAUGCAGCCGGCGGCGGCGGAAGGGCUGCCAGCAGAGCAGCAGCCCGAGGUCACGGCGCACCACGAGCUGGAGCGGUUCGACCUGCAAACCUUCCUCCCCAAGCAGCCCAUGCAGAUCGUCGACGACGCGACUGUGGAGGCGGACGGCACGAUAUCGGCCAACAAGCUGGGGACUGUCGAGGAGAUGGCCAGACCGAAGCUCGCCCUGGACGGCAGUUUUAGCCCGUCACGGCCCGACGGCGGCUUCGCCACGAGCAACUGCCGCGCCAAACGGGCCGAUAGUCACCUGAGCGAUGGCGGCAGCGAGUCGGCGAAGCGAGGUGCUAAAAGGGCGAAGAGGAGUGCGAAGAUACACAAAGCAAAUGGCGGUGGAAGUGAAGGUCCAGAGGUGGAAUUUACCGGUAUGUCUCCACAGCCGACAAGGUCACAGGGUGAAGGAUACGAGUACACUGAGGCAAUAGACACGCAGGAUGAAGACGGUCGGGUGGAUGAGGGUGGCGCAGUUGGUGAUGAAGAUGUGGAGAUGGAUGAAGACGGGCUCGUGCCCAGCGACGAUCCAAACGACGAAGACUACCGGGAUUGA